AUGGUCGGUAUUAACAUAACGUUGCUAUCACCUUCAUUGACAAGAAUCGCCAUCGACCUGGGUAACCUUGAUGGUCGUCAAUGGAUCGUUACUUCUUACAUGAUAACCUAUCUCACAAUCCUGCCGAUAAGUGGAAAGCUCUCAGACAUUUUUGGAAGGCGACUGCUGCUAAUCCUGGCGACAAUUCUUUUUGCAUUUUGCCCUAUUGGUGCUGCAUUGGCAACAAAUUUUGCCACACUGGUUGUGGCUCGAGGAUUACAAGGUCUUGGUGGCGGUGUAUGUCUAACCGUUCCUGCCAUUGUUAUGGAUGAUAUCGCACCGAUUGAGAAAAAGGCUCUCUUCCAAUCCAUGUUAUCAUUAGUGAUAGGUAUCUCCAAUCUUGUUGGACCCAUUAUAGGAGGUGUAUUCACUGACCAAGUCUCAUGGCGCUGGGCGUUUUGGCUAAAUGUGGUCCUGGGCACCAUCAGCCUGUUGAUGGUCGUUUUCUUUGUGCAGGAAACUGUGGUCAUACAAGAAGCCUCUGCAUUGCAAAAGCUGAAGCGUAUCGAUUGGCUUGGGAUCAUGGUUAACUUUGGAUUUGUUUCCUCCUUGUUGUUGUUUCUACAAUGGGGUCCUGAUGACAGUUGGAGCUCACCACGCGUAAUUGCUACAGCAAUUGGAACUGGGUUGGGUUUACUUAUCCUAAUUGCCGUGGAAAGCUUGUUUGCAAAAGAUCCAGUUAUUCCUGUUGUCGUUUUCAAUCGCUCCUCUUCUUUCUUUUUUGCUUUCUCAUUCGCUUCCAAUCUUAUAGCUGGCCCGGUGCUUUAUUAUAUGAGCAUUCUUUUUGAAUCAGUCUACGGCGCAAGCGGCCUUGAGACUGCUAUUCGGUUGUUACCUUCGACGGGAGCGGUAAUAAUAGGUUCUGUGGCGACACAUUUUCUCUUUCGCAUCUUCAAACAUACUAAGCUCGUUCUUGCUGUCGAUGCCACCCUACAUAUGGUUGCUUAUGGGCUUGUCCAAACACUUACUCCAACUAGCUCCUGGGCACAACAAGCGUUUUAUUUUAUGCCAGCAUUUUUUGGUGUCCCUUUAGAACGCACCGCCACUAUUAUCGGUGCCAGAGCGACUUGUUCUAAUGAUCUAGCAGCCACGGCCAUUAGCCUGGUUACCUUUACAUCAGCCAUGGGAUUCACCUUAGGAUUGCCCAUCUUUGAGCUGGUGCAUAAAGUUACAUUAGCGAAAGAAAUCGAUUCUAUGAAUGACACAGUAAAGGAACAAGCUAAACGCAUCAUGGGGAAUGCUGGGGCUGCUUAUUUUGCAAUCCAUCGCAUGCCAAGUCAAGUACAAGAAGCUAUAAUUCAUGCAUACAUGAACUCGAUGCGACAGGUGUUCCUAUUCCCACUUAUUGUCGGUGGUGUGAUGCUCGUCCUUGCUCUUUUUAUGAAGAAUGUCCGCUGUUCGUGA